GAAGUUUUUUAUUUUCUGUCGGAAUUGAAACAAUAAAUAUCAAAUCUUUAUUAAAUAUACUAAAACAAAUUGUGAAUUGUGAAAUGGCAAACCUUGUAGAACAAUACAAAAUGACAGCACAUAAACUGAAAAAAAUUCAAAGAGUUGUUUUUAAAAAACAGGACACAAAAGAAAUAGCAAAUGAAUUUACUCAACUAGCAAUGAAACUUGAUAACAGUUUCUUAUCAGAGUAUGCUGGUCUUUGCUUUUUGGGGGUUGCAAAAUGCAACGAAUCAGACAUCAAUGAUGUUGAAUCUUAUUUGAAAGCGGCAAGGAUGUUUAGGAAAGCUGAUGAGAGGAAGACAAAACUGGGGUUCUUAAAUAAUCAUGAAGUCCUAGAAGGCGCCUACCGCUCAUACUUUCAAGCUUUGACAGCUGUUGAUGAUCCUGUUAUGCGAACAUGCAUAAUCCGAGAAAUCAAAGAAUUGAAUAAAGAUUUGAACACAACAAGUGACUUCAAUUCAGCUUCUCAUCGUAUCUAUGAUUUGGAACAAGCAAGCAACGAAAAUAUUCGAGUAAAUGAUUUCAUUGGAGCAUUGGAGAAAUUAACAGAAAUUGUCGAUGACGUCACCGAACGAAAAGUUAAUUCAAGUUAUUUUGAUGUGAUGAAAAGAAAUGAAGUCAGCAGACUUCUUCUUCUUUUAAUCCUAGAACUUCCACCAUCUCGACAAUCUCCUUCACAUAUUAAACUACUUGAGAAAUAUACCUGGAAUCAUGAGAGCUUCGACAUUGAAAUGGCAACGAUAAUAAAAACACAACACAACCAAAUUCUUGAUGAAAAUCUAGUUUUGUUAUUAGAAACUCUCGUUUGUUCCUUUCAAAACAUGCAAAUUGACUGCGUCAUGGAAAUCUGUGACGAACUUUCAAAACAUCAUUCAAUCACCAUUGAACAAAAAUUUUUAAUUGAUAAACUUGUAGAAAAAUUUAAAUAACUUUAACAUGAUUAUUUAUGCUAAUUAGAAUUUUUAUCUAUUUUGUUAAUAAGAAAAAAAAUCCCGUUAGAAUAAAAUUUUAACGAUUGAAAAUAUUCCAAUCAAUAAAAUUGAUCGAAUAGGAAAUUGUUCAUGUCAACAGCUUCUUUACCAUAAAUAAAUAAAAGGCGAUAUCAAAUAUCAAACCCAAAGACAUCUUCCUUCAAUUUUAAAGAAAGAAAAAAAGCGCGAUAAUUUCUUUUUCCUACCUGCAUUGAAUUUAAAUGAUGCAUCAUUCUAUUCAGCUUUGUUCUAUCGAUGGGAGAAAUAAAAGAAUUGCAUUUAAAGACCC